UGCAGGACAUUUCCAGUUUGCGCAUUCAAACUCAUCGUGAGUAGAACUAAACUUCUGUCCACUCCAAAAAUGCGUGGAAAACUCGAGCUUGUCGAAGGAGUGCCUAUCUCAGAUGUAAUUACCAGAGAUUGGCAGCAAAUUAAGAAUUUUGAUGCCAGACCUGAGGACAUAUUGAUUGCUACAUAUCCCAAAUCUGGAACCACUUGGAUGCAAGAAAUUGUGGAUCUAAUACUGAACAAUGGAGAUGAGGCCAUAUGCAGACGAGGUGCCAUUUUUGAGAGAGUUCCAUUUAUUGAAUUAAUGGGUGCAAUGAAGCCAGAUUUGGAAGCGAUUAAUGCAAUGCCUUCACCACGAGCCCUAAAGACCCACCUGCCCGUACAACUUGUGCCAGACUCAUUUUGGAAACACAACUGCAAGGUGAUCUAUGUGGCUCGAAAUGCUAAGGAUACGGUCACCUCAUUCUAUCAUUUUGAACAUUUGGCUCUAAUCCAUCCAGAACCAGGAACAUUUGCGGAAUAUCUAGAAAGAUUUAUGAUUGGUGAUGUUGGCUGGGGUUCUUGGUAUGACCACGUGAAAGGAUUUUGGGAGCAGAAAAGCCAACGCAAUAUUUUAUACCUGUUUUUUGAAGAUCUCAAACGGAAUUUGCUUGAAGAAGUUCGCAAAGUGGCAAGAUUUUUGAAUAAAGAUUUUUCUGAGGAUGUACUGAAUAAGAUUGCACAUUUAAGCUCUUUUAAUCAGAUGAAGGAUAAUCCCAUGGCCAACAACUCCACCUUCCCAAAGGAGAUCCUGAACCAGUCAGAGGGGAACUUCAUGAGAAAAGGUACGGUGGGUGAUUGGAAGACUCUGUUUACCGAUUCACAGAGAGAACGCUUUGAAGAAAAUUAUCGUAAACAUAUGAGCGGCAGUUCUUUGAAAUUCCCACCAGCUAAAUGACUGGUCGACGAGAUGAUCAGGAAAGAUGCUGUUUGUUUUAUGACCUUGAUUAUUUUUUUUCUCUCUAUGGAACAUAUACCAAGAUUCACAAUGGCAAACGAUAUUCACAGUUGCCAACGCCUUUUAGAACAUUCUGACGUCACUGCUAAUCCCUUUUUCUGAGCCUCACAGGAUGAACUUGUCUCUCAUGCCGUUGAAUAACCUUUAUUAUAAAGGGACACUAGUCACCUGAACACCUUUAGCUUAAUGAAGCAGAUUUGGUGUAUAUAACAUGCCCCUGCAGUCUCACUGCUCAAUCCUCUGCCAUUUAGGAGUUAAAUCCCUUUGUUUAUGAACCAUAGUCACACCUCCCUGCAUGUGACUUGCACAGCCUUCCAUAAACACUUCCUGUAAAGAGAGCCUUAUUUAGACUUUCUUUAUUGCAAGUUCUGUUUAACCCCUUAAGGACCAAACUUCUGGAAUAAAAGGGAAUCAUGACAUGUCACACAUGUCAUGUGUCCUUAAGGGGUUUAUUAAUAUUUUCUUAUCCCCUGCUAUGUUAAUAGCUUGCUAGACCCUGCAAGAGC